CAGCAUUUUCUUUCCUUCUGGUCUCUCAGGCAGGAUGCGGGACAUGCUGGAGAGGCUGCAGACCAUCAGUGAGGACCAUGAGGAUGAGGAAUUAGAGUUUAAUGGCCCCGAGUAUGACGCAGACAAGGUGACUCUGUCUCAACAGGCAGUGAUCUUUGAGAACUCCUCAGCUAUUGAUGAGGUCCUGAAGGAAGCCCAGUUCAUACGCAAGGAGAUCUCCUUGCUCCAGCUGGAGGUGGAGCGUAUGUGCAUGCAAAAUGAACGCUUUGGUACCUCCGUGCGCCGCCUCACCCUCCUUAAAAAGGACUGUGACUCCAUUGCCAAAGGGGUCCAGCAACGUGCAGAGGCCCUGUACGUCCGUCUGCAGGACCUGGGUAAGAUGAGUAGUCAGCUGGAGGAGAAAGAAGGUCCUAACUCUGCUGUUAGUCGCAUCGCCCGUACUCAGUAUGACACGCUGACUCAUGCCUUCCGUGCUGUCAUGAGUGACUACAGUAAAGCUGAGGAGAAGCAGAAGAACACAUGCAGGACGAGGAUCCAGAGACAGGCGUCCAUAAUGGGCACAGACAUCACCGAUGAGCAGCUGGAUGUGCUGGUGGACAAAGGUGGUGAAGGCUGGGCCGAACUGUCCCAGAGCCUUCAGCCACAAGCGGCUCGAACAUGCCGCAUGGCCUUUUGUGAGAUCAAGAGCAGACACGAGCAGCUGGUGGAGCUGGAGGCCAGGCUGAAGGAGGUCCACGAGCUGUUCCUGCAGAUGGCCGUGCUGGUGGAGGAGCAGGGAUCCCUCCUGAAUAACAUCGAGGUUCACAUGCAUCGCACUCAGGAACAUGUUGACCAGAUCAACGAUCACAUCAAGAAGGCCGUACAGUACAAGAAGAAAAACCCUUUUCUGCAGUGUUGCCCCUGUCUACCUUGUUGGAGAAAGAACUAAAGCUUUUAGGAGUUAGUUUGACAUUAUGUAAUUUUAUGGACAAUUCAAAAUUAAAGUAAACAUCAACUAUGUAUAGUAAAAAUAUGGAACUGAGCUGAAAAAUAUCAUGCAUAAUUUAUAGUGAAUUUCAAACUUUGCAGAGACACUUGUAGCAGGAAGUAUAAAAGAAAUGGACUUGCUCUAAAGAGUUGCAUUGUUUUAAUGUGUAUAGCUUAAUUCUUAAACUUACAGGCUGUUUGAAAUUUGAUUAACUGUAAAAUCACAGAAUUAUUCAGUGUGUGUGUGUGAGAGAGAAAAGCGGAAUCUGUUUACAUUUUAAGUGGUUUACUGACACAAAAUAAAUGCUGUUCUACUAAAUUAAAAUCAGUUUGUCGUCAUUUGGUAAACAGCUUAGUUACGCGGGUCAUGUGGGAAAGCUGUUCAUGUGUUCUUUUGAAAUUUGGAAGAACUGAAGUCAUGAGA